CAAAAUAAUUAUUGAUAAUUCUUUUCAUUUUUCUUCUGCUACUUUGGUGGUGCGACAAGUGAUACGUCAGCUACAGGUCAUGAGAUUGCACUUUGUAGCUUUGUCCAAAAUAAGGUAAAACAAACAAACACAUCUUGAUACAUGUUUCUGUGCCUGGCUCAUCUCAUCAAAACAUCAUCGUAACACGCAAAACAAACGACGACUCAAACACAACUAGUUCAAGCAAUGAAUAAUAGCAUUUGUUGUAUAUUAGGUCUUAUUGUCUUGGUACAGAGUAUAAACGUUACAUUUAGGGAAAAAAACAAAUUAAAUCAAUUUUCAGUUCAAUUAAUAAUGAUUCUUAAGUAUAUGUUUAUAUAAUUUGGGGUUACGAUUUUUCAAUCCGUUUUAACUAAUUUAUUGCAUUGAGAUGUUCCUCCAUUUCGAUAACUGCAAUCUCAAUCUUCUCUAUAUAUGAUUCAACACAAAUCCGUCCAAUCACCAAACACAUUUCUCACUUCACCAAUUAAAGAAAGCAAAUUACUAUGGAACUUCACGGAGCUCUAGUUGCUAGUCCGGGAAUGGGCCAUUUCGUACCCAUCCUAGAACUCGGCAAACAUCUCCUGAACCACCACGGGUUCGACCGUAUCACCGUCUUCCUAGUCACAGACGAUGUCCCACGCUCAAAAUCCCUACUUGGAAAAUCGUUGACGGAAGCAGGUCCCAAAUUCGUGAUCAGGUUUAUUCCACUUGAUGUUUCGGGCCAAGACCUGAGUGGUUCGCUUUUAACUAAACUAGCAGAGAUGAUGAGGAUGGCAUUACCGAAUAUCAGGUCUGCAAUUAUGGGGUUAGAGCCGCGGCCUAGGGUAUUCGUAGUUGACUUGUUGGGCACAGAAGCUUUAGCUGUGGCUAAGGAGCUUGAGAUUAUGAGGAAACAUGUUCUGGUUACUACCAGUGCUUGGUUCCUAGCUUUCACGGUUUAUAUGGCGAGUCUUGACAAGGGUAUAUUGUUUAAGCAUCUGAGUAGCAUAGGAGCAUUGCCUAUACCGGGAUGCAGCCCGGUUAAGUUUGACAAGGUUCAAGAUCCGAGUAAAUAUAUUCGGGAACUGGCCGAGUCUAAGCGAAUUGGAGCUGAGGUGAUAACUGCAGAUGGGGUGUUUGUGAAUACGUGGCAUAGUCUGGAGCCAACGACUAUCGGGUCAUUCUUGGAUCCAGAGAAUCUUGGUCGGGUUAUGAGAGGUGUGCCGGUUUACCCUGUUGGACCGCUGGUUAGAACAGCAGAACCGGGUUUAACGCACGGUGUGCUGGACUGGCUUGACUUGCAACCCAAUGACUCAGUGGUUUAUGUCUCUUUUGGAAGUGGUGGGGCACUAACCGCAGAGCAGACGAACGAGCUUGCUUACGGUUUGGAGCUGACCGGCCACAGGUUUAUUUGGGUCGUCAGACCACCAGCCGAAGACGACCCAUCAGCAUCAAUGUUCGACAAAACCAAGAAUGAGACAGAAACACUCGAAUUCUUACCGAACGGGUUUCUAAACCGGACCAAAGAUAUUGGUUUGGUAGUCCGGACAUGGGCUCCGCAAGAGGAGAUCCUAGCACAUGAAUCAAUUGGAGCGUUUGUGACUCACUGUGGAUGGAACUCAGUUUUGGAGAGUAUUGUGAACGGUGUGCCAAUGGUAGCUUGGCCGUUAUACUCAGAACAGAAGAUGAACGCGUGGAUGGUUUCAGAGGAGCUAAAGAUUGCGUCGCGGCUAAACGUUGCAGAUGGGAUUGUAAAGAAGGAAGAGAUAGUUGAAAUGGUAAAGAAAGUGAUGGAUCAAGAAAACGGAAACAAUAUAAGAAAGAAUGCUAAGGAACUGAUGAAGACAGCAGAAGAAGCUCUCAAGAAGACUCACAUUCCAUCUGCUUACUUCAUCCAAAACUAAUAUGCAAAAAAUAUGACAAUUUAAGAAUAACAAAAUCCAUAAAUGUAAUGUUUUCUUUUAUGCGCCAAGAAGAUAUAGAGAAUGUUCAAGAACUGUGAAGCUUGUAAUAACAAAGACGUGUGGUCAAGAAAUAGGAGCUUUGAAUGCAAACAAAGGAAAUAGUAAUGACUUGAAUGUUUUGGUUUACUAGUGAGAGAAGUGAAGAA